UAUCCGGACACGUGAACAUUCCGAAGCAGACGACAGUUGCGCUGAGUAUUCGACAUUUAAGUACCCGUAAAUUGGUUAUGUGUCAUUUUCUGUAAUUUUCUUUGUCUGGGGAUCACCGGUGGAUAGAUUACCAUAAAAAGUCGGUCUUUUACCAUAAGGAAAGGUUCGUGAUCAAUAUAUUGAAGACUUGGUAUACAGUCUACUCUGGAGAACGUUCAAAUUGUACGUUCUAGUGUUGAUAAUAAUUAGUAACUUGAACUAAGUCAAGGCGUAGGUGAGAUCAGAUGUAUGAGUUAUACAAACACGAAGAGACAAAUAUGCUAGAAUGAAAGAUGUACAUUUAAAAGAACGCCAUUGAAUUCAGAUGAACAACUAUAUUGAUUUUAUAGAAUAUGUCUAAAAACAGAAGUAAACACUGCGUAGUGGAGGAUGAAAGAAAUGUUGGUAACGCCGUGCGGAACACCGUCAGAAACAUGGCAUACAAUCUAGAAAACGUCAUCACCAACUUACAUGGCAUAGUGGGAGAUCUUCACGUGUUGGUAGCUCAAAUCGAUAGCGUGACCAAUAGAAUUGAUGGGAGAAAUGGAAUGAAACGGCGGGAAAAUGGACGAACCACUUGUCUGUCAUCAUUAGAUGGAACCAAUACGAAGACCCCACCCCAAGGAAUUCUAUCCAAUAAUAUAAAGCAUUGGCAGACAUUAAUAGAAACAUACGAGACACCUGACUUUUCCCCCGAUCUCGAUUGGUCUUAUUUAGGACUCACAGAAAGCGAGAAAGCCGAGAGUAAAGAGAGACUCUCUAGUUUGUCAGAUCUACGAAAAGUCUCGAAAAUCCCACAAUCGUCAAACGCACAAAUCGCUACAAUUGGUUUACGCUUAGACGAAAAGAUUGGAGUUUUACAUUCAAAUAAUACCAGUCUAAAAGGUGGCGGCAUUACUGAGCUUUCGCCUUCUUCAGACAUCAGCAGUGUUGGUGGUGCGUGUUGUGAUUCGGAUAGUUCUUUGCCUUAUAGUGGAUACUACGAAGCUAUUGUAGAUGGCGUUCUGGAAAAUAUGGCUUGCGAAGAUGAUGACAGUGAUUUUUCUGAUGAUGAAUACAUUUUAAGUCCCGAUGCCCAAACUCCAUCGUCAUCGUCAGCAUCGGAUGAUCGUGUUUCUUCAGUAUCGUCUGUUGAAUUUCAAGCGGAAUACGAUCGACAUGUGAAUCCGUGGACUACUUUUAGUACGGUUGUAAAUACCGUCGAUUCCGAAGAUGCUUUUAGUGUGGAUGAUAUUUUAAAUGAUAAUUAUAUAGAGUCGAGUUACUACAAUUAUACCUUUGAUGAUAGCUUUAAGACUUUAGAAGUGUCGUAGAAAUUAAGAUGCUUGACAUCGGGGGUCUAUCGAAUGAACUAUUUGUCGUUUAAAGAGACUUUUGGUUAUGAAACUUUGCGUGCCAUGUGUAGAUUCUGCUUUAAACCUUUCCUGUAUUCUUAAUCACAAACUAGAUGAAAGAUAGCUAAUAUCGCUCCAGGGAAUAGUUAAGAAAUCAUAAAUGUGUUGAAAAUAUUUAGCUUGAACUUUUAAACUAUACGUAAUUGACAGGAAACACGCAGGGUGUAUUGGGUGCCCAAUUUAAAUAUUUAUAUAUACACAUCGUUAAAACAUAUAUCAUGGCUUUACUUUUUUGCUUGGAUAAUAAUUGCAGUCUGAAGGGUCCUUAUUACAAUAUCCACUUGAUAGGCAUAUUUUUUUCUACAGUAUUCACUUCUGUAUCAUCAAAAAGAAAAUGGCCAUGCAAACAUGUCUGGUCUUAAUUAAUAAUAAUAAGGGUUAACCCUAGACUCCAAACAGUAUGGGAUGCUCAAAGCGCAGAAAAAAAGUUACUGGAAAUAGGUUAUAAAUAUGAAUAUUGAAACAGGUGGGUUUUGAGUGGUUGAUUACCCGAAAUUAUAUCCCUUGUAAACCACAUUAAAUAAA